AUGGCCGACGUUCGCAGCUUCACUGUACGACCAUUGUCGAAACAAGCAAGAAGUGAUUACAAAGAUGCAUUCCGUGUAUACCUAUCCUCCUCGUCCCUGGCUGCCUUAAGACUUCGCGCCGAUGAUCUUUGUAUUCUAUCCCAUGCCGAGGGACCUCCGAAGACCGCGAUUGCCUGGACUGCGACGGAAAACAUUCAGAGCACAGUAGUGCAAACAUCAAAAGCUCUCCAAGACUGCUAUGGAAUUAAGGUCGGAGGAAAGAUUGCCAUUACCAGAACUGAUGGGCCAUUGGAGGAGAUCUUAUCGGUCGUUAUGAUUGAAUGUUCUGACCCCGAGAAGAUCGAAAGAUUCGGUCCAAUCCCGGCAGAGGAGCGGUGUCACUGGGAAUGGACAUUGGAAUUCCAGCUCUUGAGAUCUGAGGUUAUCACCAAGGGCUUGGUAUUUGAGCUUGAGCUUAAGGGCCAGCGCAGAAACUUCCAGGUGGUCAACAUCCGUUCCGCAUCCCCGAGUUCAAACCACACAAUCUUCCGCUUUACAAAUGCCACCAAGAUCUCUAUCGGCACGGAAGUAGAAGCGCCAGAGGUGAUUUCCCACGAAAUCCAGGUUAGUGCCGAUGGACUCGGUGGACUCUCACGACAGAUUGGUGAUAUCAACGAAAGUCUAUCGGACUUCAAUGUCGAUUUGCUUAAACCUACAAUGCCCUCUUUCUAUGAGCAUGGUCGUGGUAUUCUUCUCUAUGGACCCAAAGGAACAGGCAAAACGUCCCUCCUUCAGCAAAUUGAGAAGGCUGGCUGGCGACAAGUUUUUAAAAUCGGGACUGGUUCUCUCGGACGGAGUACCAGUGAAGGUGAAAAGAAACUGCGUACUAUUUUCCAAGACGCCGCUCGCUCCAAGCCUAGUGUGAUCAUCAUUGACCAGCUAGACUUUGUCGCUCCCAAGCGAACUUCCCUGGACUCUUCCUCCCUCGCCUCGGUCCUAUGUGAGUGCCUUGAUGGACUCAGGAGCGAGUCGGUUAUGGUAAUAGCUGCUACCAGACACCCCAACAAUGUCGAUGAUGCGCUCAGAACCCCUCAUCGAUUUGGAACAGAGAUUGAGAUACAGGUUCCCACAGCACAGGACCGGGGUGAAAUCCUGCGUGCGAUUCGUGGACCGACAAUCGCAGGUCUCACCGAUGCCUUGAUUGAUCUGCUUGCCGAAAAGACCCAUGGAUACGUUGGAGCUGAUCUGUUUGCUUUGCUUCAGCUAAUUUGCCGGAAAGCACGCCAACGCCAAAUGCUCGAACAAAGAUCUGCUGCCCCAUCUACGGCUCAGCCUUUACCAACCUUUGAAAAGUUGGACAUUGGCAGCGAUGCCGAAAGUGAAGGAAGUGGUGGUGUCGCUAUCGACCUGGUGAUUCGUGAAUCCGACAUAUGGUCCUCGCUGCAGGAGAUCCGCCCUACUGCCAUGCGUGAAGUGUUCUUGGAGACGCCUACGGUGAGAUGGUCCGACAUUGGUGGGCAGCACGAUAUCAAAAAGCGUCUGCAACAGGCCGUCGAAAGACCCCUCAAGCACCCCGAACGCAUGAAGCGUCUCAACGUUAAGAGCAAAAAGGGUGUUCUCUUGUACGGUCCACCUGGAUGUUCCAAGACCCUCACUGUCAAAGCUCUAGCUACUGAGGCAGGCUUGAACUUCUUGGCCGUCAAGGGUGCCGAAAUUCUGAGCAUGUACGUUGGCGAGUCCGAGCGCUCACUGCGAGAGAUCUUCCGCAAAGCCCGCGCUGCACGACCUAGUAUCAUCUUCUUCGAUGAAAUCGACGCCAUCGCCGCACGCCGCAGCAGUACUUCCCAAGGAGGCGUCAACGUUCUGACAACCCUUCUCAAUGAAAUGGACGGUAUUGAGGAACUACGAAACGUACUGGUUGUCGCAGCCACCAACAAGCCAGAUGUCCUUGACCCCGCACUAAUGCGCCCAGGUCGUCUGGACAACAUCCUUUACAUUGGACCGCCAGACUUCGAGGCUAGAAAAGAAAUCUUGCGUAUCUGGGCUAGCAAAUCUGUCAUUCACCCGGACGUUGAUCUUGACGAAUUGGCUACUCAUACUGAGGGCUACUCUGGUGCGGAGAUUGUAAGUAUCUGUGAAACUGCUGGUGAUGCCGCAUUGGACGAGGAGGAGGAAACGGGUCAAGAGCAAGACGUACAAUUGAAGCAUUUCGAAUACGCCUUGGGCCAAGUGCGACGACAAAUCACGGACAGUGUCAUUCGUGAAUAUGAGGAAUGGCGAGAUGGCCAGAAAUAG